CCCUCGCUCCCUGGCCUCGCGCCGUGGGGGGGGGGCGCCUCCCGGGCGGCUGUAAAUGACGCGACGGUGCGGCUCGCGCGCUGAUUGGGCGCCGCGGCGAAAGGGUUGGUGGCGGCGGCGGCUGUGCGUGCUGCCCCGCCCCCUCCCCGUUCCCCUCUCUUCGGGUGUGCGCGAGGCGGCGGCGUCUCCGUCUGCGCGGCGGCGGCGGCGCGUGGCCUCGGCGUCUCCGUCUGCGCGGCCUCCCCUCCUCCCUCUUUCCCCUCCCCCCCCUCUCCUCUUCUCUCCUUUCCCUGCCAGGCCACGGCCAUGACCGACUUCAAGCUGGGCAUCGUGCGGCUCGGCCGGGUGGCGGGCAAGACAAAGUACACAUUGAUAGAUGAGCAAGACAUUCCACUUGUGGAGAGUUACUCUUUUGAGGCUCGCAUGGAGGUUGAUGCUGAUGGAAAUGGUGCUAGAAUAUUUGCCUUUGCGUUUGACAAAAACCGAGGAAGGGGGUUUGGACGCCUGCUGCAUGAGUUACUGUGGGAGAGGCACCGGGGGGGCAUUGCCCCCGGAUUUCAGGUGGUGCAUUUGAACGCAGUGACGGUGGAUAAUCGUCUAGACAACCUGCGAUUGGUUCCAUGGGGCUGGAGACCCAAGGCCGAAGAAAUCUCUAGUAAACAAAGGGAACAAAGCUUAUACUGGCUGGCGAUACAGCAGCUUCCCACAGACCCCAUAGAGGAACAGUUUCCCGUCCUGAAUGUGACACGCUAUUAUAACGCGAAUGGGGAUGUUGUGGAAGAAGAGGAGAGCUCCUGCACCUACUACGAAUGCCACUACCCUCCCUGCACGAUGAUUGAGAAACAGUUACGUGAGUUUAACAUCUGUGGGCGGUGCCAGGUGGCCCGGUACUGCGGCUCGCAGUGUCAGCAGAAAGACUGGCCGGCUCACAAGAAGCACUGUCGAGAGAAGAAGCGAGUCUUCCAGCAAGAGCUCGGACCAGAGCGAUGACCAGCCGGCUUGAGGCCUUAGCCCACAGGGGCAUCCUUCCCAGACAGCGAGGGGGGAAGGUGCCCGCUUUGCACAGACUGCUCACUUGAAGCCAGAAGCACUGACAAAGAGGAGACAGAUUGUGAAAAAAAAGACAAACCAACCCCUGUGAUGCUUGAGGAAAGGGACUGGCUCCUCCCCUUCCAGUGUUAAAAGUCUCAAGCAAAAGACUACUGCGGGAGCUCUCCUGACCGGAAGCUUCCUGUUAUUUAUAUGUUAAUAUGUUUGUAAAGUUGUGUACAGGGUUUUUUUUUUUUUUUUUGGUUAGCAAUUCUCUUAUAUAGGACUCAUUUACUGUAAUGUUCAGGUGAGAACAUGUUGGUUGAAAUAAUAACUGUCCGGUAGCGUCCAAAAAGAAAAAGGCGCUUUUCCUCCCCCUGUGGCUGGGAGAAGGCCUGGGGAGCUAGCUCAGAACGUCAGCACAGUCGAUCUGAACAACUCUGCAUGGAAGUUGUGUUUUCAAGUAAAGGAUUGGAAUGGA